AUGCGAGCCAUCGCGCUCGCCAUAGCGCUCGCCAUCGCGCUCGCCGGCGUCGCGACGACCGCGGCCGCCGCGUCGCUCUUCGACGUGUCGGCCCAGUGCAGCCACGCGGCGGUCACGGCGCCGGCCUGCCUGCACAACUCGACGCUCUACGCCUACCGGGGCGACCCGCCGAAGAACAGCGACGCCGAGGUCGACAACUGCGCGGCUUGCGUCUGCGCCCUGCCGGACCAGGACGAGUUCGCGGCGCGCCAGGGCGAGAGCUACGCGCCGUCCUGGGGCGCGUGCUGCGACGGCUGGGCGGGGACGGACUGCGGCGUCUGCGAAACGGACGCGGCCUGCGGCGCGGGGUCGCGCUGCGCCGCGGGGUCGCUCGUGCCGACGGCCGCGGAGCUCGAAGCCGGGAAGCGCUACUCCUGCGCGCCCUGCGGCUACGGCGCGUCGAACGGCUUCUGCCUCUACGCGGACCUGCCGGGCGUGUCCUUCGACAUGGUCCUCCGCGGCGCGACCGCGGACGUGGCCAUGCGCAUCGGCCGCGACCAGCGCCGCUACACGGACACGGCCGUCAAGUUCGAGACGCAGCACGCGUACCAGUACGCGCAGAUGUUCGGCGGCGAGCUCGCCGGCUGCGAGGUCUUCGAGGAGCCCUGCGCGUGGGACCUCGGCGCGGCCUGCGUGACCGUGCGCUGCGCGUCGGGCGACGUCGACUGCCCGCCCGCGGGCCUCGACGAGUGCCCGGGCCACGUCUACGACCCCUGCAAGUUCAAGUACGUCUGCGAGGGCGACUGCGUCGACGUCGUCAACGGCUGCUGCGUCAAGGGCGACGGCGACGACGACGACCUGCGCCGGGGGAAGAGCUACCGCACGCGGCAGCGCUUCUGCUGCGCCGGCGCCUCGAGCGACGAGUGCAAAGCCACGGAGGUCUUCUGGAACGGCCCCGCGACGACGCUGUCCUGCGAGGCGGCGCCCGUCGCGGGCAUGCCCGCCGGCGCGCGGCGCUGCUACCUCAACCAGGACCACCUCGGGCUCCUCGAUGGGUUGCCUUUCGCUUGCCACGUGGGCAACUGCGUCGCCGACGGCGACGCCGACGGCGAGGCGCCGAUCGCGAUCGCCUACCGCGGCUUCGACGGCGCGCCGCAGGCGCGGUCGAGGCCGCAGGUCUACGGCGUCCUCGCCUGCGCGCUGGCGCUCGUCGUCGCGGCGUUCCUGGGGACGGCCGUCCCCCGCGCCCCGAAGCCGUCGAACGCGCCGCCGAGCACCGGCGCGCCGGCGCUCGCGUGGCGCGACGUCGCCUACGCCGCCAAGAACGCGAAGAUCCUCGCGGGCGUCUCGGGCUUCGCGGCCGCGGGCGAGGUCACGGCGAUUCUCGGACCGAGCGGCGCGGGCCGGCGCGCGGGCAAGACGACGCUGCUGCGAUGCGUCGGCGGCCGGCUCGAUUGCGGCGGCGCCGUCGCGGUCGGCGACCGGGACCUGGCGCCCGCGGAGCUGCGGCGGGCCGUCGCGUUCGUGCCCCAGGACGACGACGGCCUCGUCGAAUGGCUCACGGUCGCCGAGCACCUCGCAUACCUGAGCAUCCUGCGCAGGGCCGCCCCGGGCCGCCGCGACGCCCUCCUCGACGGCCUGGGCCUCCGGGACUGCGCGGACCGCCGCAUCGGCGCGCGGCCGGCCGUCGGCGGCGACGGCGGCGGCGCCGACGGCGGCCGGGGCGUCUCCGGCGGCGAGGCGCGGCGCGUCAGCGUGGCCGCGGCGUUGCUCGGCGACCCGCUGGCCCUCCUCCUCGACGAGCCGACGAGCCGCCUCGACGGCGCGACGGCGCUGGGCCUCGCUCGGACGCUCGGCGCCGCCGCGGCGGGCUCCUACGGCGGCGGCGCGCCCGUCGUCGUCCUCGCGUCGUUCCACCAGCCGCGGCGGCGCGCGUUCGAGGACUGCUUCGGGCGCGUGCUGGUGCUCUGCGGCGGCCGCGUCGCCUUCGCCGGGACGGCGGGCCGCGCCGCGGAACUCGGGCGGGCGCUCGGCGGCGCCGCGAACCCCGCGGACGCGCUGGUAGACGCCGCGGGGCGGCUCCACCGCGAGGGCGACGACGCGCCCGCGCCGGAGCCCUUCGACGCGGCGCGCCUCUUCCGGCCCGUGGCCGCGCCGCGCCAGGUCCUCGUGCUCGCGUCGCGGCGGCUCGUGAUCGCGCGGCGCGCGCCGGCGCUCGCGCUCGCAAAUUUCUUCGGCGCGGGCGCGUGCGGCGUCGCGGUCGGCGCCAUCGCCGGCGACCUCGCCCACGACCUCGGCGGCGUCCAGCGGCGCCUGGGCCUCAUUUUUUUUUCGCUCCUGGCGCUCCUGCUCCUCUCGCUCUCGGCGCUGCGGGCGUUCCGCGACGACGCGCGGUGCUCGGGCGACGAGCGCGCGGCGGCGCUCUACGCGGCGUCGUCCCGCUUUGUGGCCGCCGUCGCCGUCGACGCGGCGGUUUUGAGAGUUGCGCCGGCGCUGCUCCUCGCGGGCGUCGCCUACGGCGCCGCGGGCCUCCGGCCGCGCUGCGCGGGCGCGUGCGUCUUCCGCUACGCCGCGGCGCUCGCGCUCACGUCCGUCGCCGGCGCGCUGGCCUGCGUCGCCGUCGCCGCCGUCGGGCUCGGCGGCGACGCGUCGAGCGCCGUCGCGGCGACGGCCGUGCUCGCCAUGGCGCUCUUCGGGGGGCUGGCCACGGACGUCGACUCCGAGGCGACGGGUCUGGCGACGGGCGCGUCGCGGAUCGACCCGUUCUACUGGGCCUACCGCGCCGCGGUCGUGGGGGAAUUCGCCGGCGCGCGCGACGCCGACGGCGUCGAGGAGCGCUACGUCAUCGACACGCACGGCUGCGACCUCGGCUUCCCGGCCUUCGACGUGUCCGCGACGACGGUCCUCGAGACGCUGGACCUGCCGACGCGCGCGGCCGCCGCGGACGCCGCGGUCGCGAAUUUGUGUCUGGUCGUCCUGGGGUUCCUCGGCGUCGCGUUCGUCGCCCAGGUCUUCGGCGACGCCGCGCGGCUGCCCGCGGCCUUCGCGGGCCGUCCGGCCGACGGGACGCGCCCGCAAAAGGUCGGGCGCGCGUCGUUCGCGGCCAAGGAGUGCCCCGAGCUCGCCGACGACGACGGCGACUCCGACGACGACGCGGCGGCGCUCGCCGUCGCGCCCGCGCACGUCGGCUGCGAGGACGUCGCGUACGCCCUCAAAGACGCUACCCGGAUCCUCGAGCGCUGCGAGUUCUUCGCCGACGCGAAAUCGUUCACGGGCCUCGUCGGCCCGUCGGGCGCGGGGAAGACGACGCUCCUCGAGAUCGUCGCGGGCCGCCUCGCGGCGCCGCGCGGCGCGGCGCUCUCCGGCACCGUGCGGCUCCGCGGCGAGACGGCCGCCGGCGACGGCGCGCGCCGGCGCGCCGCGUCGACCUUCGCGGGCCAGGACGACGUCGGCGACGGCUGGCUCUCGCCGCGGGCGACGCUCGAGUUCCACGGCGCGCUCCGCCUGCCGCGGGCCUGGGCGCGCGAGCGGAAGCGGCGGCGCGCGGGCCGGCUCCUGGACCGCCUCGGCUUCGACGGCCGCGCGAGGGACGCGGCGCUCCGCGACUGCAGCGGCGGCGCGAGGCGGCGCGUCGGUCUCGGCGUCGCGCUGCUGCGGCCCAAGGCGGCGCUCUUCGCGGACGAGCCGACGACGGGGCUCGACGCCGCGUCCGCGCUCCGCGUCGCGGCGCUGCUCCGGCGCUGCGCGGGCCGCGGCUUCACGGUCAUCGCGGUCCUGCACCAGCCGCGCGCCGAGAUCGUCGACGCGCUCGACGCCGUGCUCCUAUUGCACCGGGGCCGCGUCGCGUUCGCAGGGCCGCCGAAGGACGUGCUCGAGAGGUUCCGCGCGCCGGGCGGCAACGCCGUGGACCUGCUGCUCGACAACCUCAAGGGCGACGGCGACCUCGCCCUGCGGAGAAGGGAAGACGACGACGCGGCCGUGGAGAUCCUCGUCGACGGCGGCGGCGGCGGGCCCGCGGCCGCGGAGGACGUCAUCUCCGAGCCGCCGCCCUCGCUCGCGCCGCCGGGGCUCGCCGGCCAGUGCGCCGUGCUCUGCCGCCGCGAGCUCCGGGACGCGCGGCGGGACCCCGCGGGCGUUCUGUCGCACGCGGCGCCCAUGGCGCUCCUCGGCGGCCUCGUCGCGCUCGCCUACGGCGACCUGCCGUCGCGCAACGACUCGUCGGCGGGCAUCGUCGACCGCUACGGCCUCGCGUUCCUGUUGGUGAGCGCGGUGGCGCUGUUUUCCCUCUCCGCCGCUCCGAAGGCGCGGCGGGCCGCGCUUCGGGCGCGGCGCGACCGCGACAGCCACGGCGCGGCGCCGGCCUUCGUGGCCGCGGCGUGGGUCGGCGACGCGCUCGUGCUGCGAUUGGUCCCGCCUCUCAUCCUCGGCGUCGCGGCGGUGUCGACGCGGUGCGCGGCGGCGAGCGGCCGGGAGCUGUCGCUCGUCGCCGCGCUGCUCCAGCUCCACUCUGUGCUCCACUACGCGCUCGCGGCCGCGGGGCGCUUCCUCGGGGCCGCGGCGCCGUCGGACGGCGCGGCGACGGCGGCCCACGCCGUCGUCGUGCUGCUCGCGCUGCUCCUCAGCGGCUUCUUCGCGCCGCCGGCCUUCGCGCCGCGCGGCUGGGACGCCGCGGCCGCGGCGUUCCCGCCCGGCGCCGCGGCCUACGAGGCCGUCGCCGUGGCCCUCUUCGCCGGCGUCGACGACCUCUUCGUGACGUCGAAGCUGGGGAGCUCGGACGUCAAGGUCGGGCCCUUCGGCGGGUCCGAGAUCCUCGACUGCUACGGCUACGGCGGGAGGAGCGACGCGAAGCGCGACCACGCCGUGCUCCUGCUCGCGGGGCUCGUCGCCGACGCCGCGACGCUCGGCGCGUUCCGCGCGAAGUUGGCCCACCAGACGUCCGCGCCGACGGCCCUGCGCGUCGCGUCGAAGAUGCCGAACCGCGCGGCCUCGUGGAACGUGCCCCCGACCAUCGUCGGCCGCACGCCGACGUAA